AUGAUAACCAACGAUCAUGCACACCAUCAGCCAAAAAACAUUUGGGAAGAAUUACCAUUAGAAAUUCUUCAUUGUGUAUUGGAAUAUUUGGAUCCGAGAAAUUUGGUGAAUUUAAUGUGUGUUUCUUCGAAUAUUCGGCUGUUGGCCAUCAAGUUUAUACUGAUGGGAGUUGGAGAGAAGGAAUAUAUUAAUGAACGAUUAUUGAUGAAGAUCAAGCCUAAAUAUACCAGAAAUUUGUUGAUUCCCAAUGAAUUCUCAAUGAAAAGUUUAAAUUCUUUUUUAGAUGUUUUGCUCGGAUCGGAAAAGACUGACAACGAGGAUAGGCAGUCGUUCUUUCUUCCGAGAAUUAAUUUGAGUAUUUUUGAAGUACCAUCUUCUUGGUCAAUCUUGAAAAAACUUGAGAGAGUGAUUGAAAAAUAUCAUGUCAUGGAGAUAGUUUUGCAUGUAUCUGAAAAAUCUGACAAUGUCCAGCGAUGGCUCAACGAUACAUUGAACAAGAAUUCAAUGAAACAACUCACACGAUUAACUGUGAUGUAUCCUAUCAAUAGCUCUUUUCGAUAUUCCUCCAAAGGAGUUGAGCUGUCCAUUUAUAAGCCUCUCAAAGUUCUGAAUGGUUAUUUCAUCAAUGACGAAAAAAGUAUUGAAAAUCUUUGCUCACAUCGAGAAUUGUGUAAUAGUUUAGAAGUUUUAACACUAUCAUUUUGCUUUGAAUACAAUAGUAGUAUUUCAACAUUGUUCGAGAAAGCAUUCAGAGCUGUGUUAAGAUCAAUGCCGAACUUGACAACUCUAUAUUUUGAUUUGCCUUCCUCCAUAUACGUUUUCUCAAUAGAUGAUGAAAUGGUGCAUUUGUUAGAAUCAACAAAGUUGAGAGUUCUUCGAAUAGAUUCACCAACAGCUAUUUUCAUGCAAAAAGCGACAGAAAAGACUUUUGAGAAAUGUUUACCAUUGAUUGAAGAGUUGUAUUUAAAAGUCAAUUUUAACCCAAAUACUUUACAUUUUGGAUACACAAGCUUACCAAUUUUUCAUAAUGAAGCAAUAACUGUGUUUUUUCCUCCUCGCCCUCUAAAAAAGUUAUUGUAUUGCCAGUCUGUAGCAACAGAAGCAGCGGUGAUGAAAAUUCAACAGGUAGAAACAUUAAUUAUUCAUUUUGAAAGUUAUAACAGCUUUGGUAACCUACCUUCCUUGAAAGCACAACGUUUAAUUUUGCUUGGAUUUAACAAUGAUCAUUUGAAAGACAAAUAUUUAACAGAUAUGUUCCCAUACACGAAAGAGAUUAUAUGUUACGACUCCAACUUCAAAUGCUCUUCACUAUUCAAUCCACAAAGAGAGACUCAAAACGUUCUUGAAUCUAUCAUUCUUCAAAGUUGUUCGUUAGACAUCACGGAUGGGGUUUCAACUUUGAUAUCAUCAUUGAGUUCAUUUAAGGCAUGGAGAACAGGAUUUUACAACCAAACUUCUCAUCAUGAUCUUUCAAUACUUGCCAUCGAAAAACAGCAACGACUUUCGACUCUAAAAGAAAAGAGAAGGAACAAGGAAAUGAUGGGUAACACCAAAUUGCAAACGUUGGUGUUAAAAGAUUGCCAGAGUUUUUAUGAUGUCUUUCUUAUGGAAUUACUUUCAUUCAAUACGCCUCAUUUAACAAAGAUACAACUAGAAAAUUCAUAUUCAAUCUCUGAGGAUGAAUUAGAAAUUUUAUUUGAAAGCGUGAAAGCAGAAAAUUUAACAAUUUUUCAAAUUCUUGGACCUAAAUUUAAUAAUGAUUUGAUCAUGAAGUUUCUGGAAAUGAUUCAUUCUUUGGAUAGUACCACUCAUGAGAUAUUGAACAAUGAUAUUCAUGUGGCUUUCAAUGGCCCUUCCAUUACAUGUGAACUCUUUGAAAGGCUUUCCAAUGAACAGUUGCAAAAUAUUUCUGUCAUUUCAUUGCCAGAUUCCACGCUUGAUUGUGAAAUAUUUAUGGCAAUUUUGGAGCGUUUAAAUCCCAUCAAGCUCAAAAAGCUUCAAAUUAAUUUUGGGAAAACUGGACCAACUUUUGAUUUUUUCAAACAUCUCAAACGAUUUAACAUGCUAGAACAAGUGUAUAUUAGCGGAACAGCACAACCAGCCUCUGCCUUGGAGCGUGAACUCUUUAAAACAUUUUUGUGUAAUGAUCUUUUGAGGGGAAUGGAAAAGUUGACACUAUUCUUUUUUGACUGUCCUGAUUGGUGUAAAUUCUCCAUUAAUGAAUUGGAAAUGUUGAAACAGCAACUGAGAAGUUUGAGUCGCUCUGCACCAAAAUUAGUACUUCCCUUCGAUAACAAGAGUUGCAACGAUACAAUGGAUCCACGCAAGAAAAACCGUUCAAACGGAAGCUAUUGUGAAAUUCAAUAA